AUGCUUUCAAGUGAUAACAGUCAUACCGAGUUGAGAGCAUUGGCUUUUCUCUUCAAUAUCUGGGACAAUUUGCCAAUCGGCUGUAAUGUUGGAAGUUGCACUGAACCAUUGCAUGCUGCUCGUUAUCAAAGUGAACUUGAGUUUGUGUUCGAUGAUAAUGAGGGUCUAAGAUGGAAUGUUAUUGUUUGGCUUUUAUCACCGCCAAUGUGGGAGCGUUAUUUUUGUCAUUGGCAGCCUCUAGUUCGUGCUUACUAUCACCGGCUGUUGUGUUGGAGAGUAGCUUCGGUAGGGCCUGAGAGUGAUUUGUUGUCGUCAAUAUUACAGUCUAACUGUAAUGCCGACGCAAGAAUCUUGCUCUCACAGAGACUGCAAACUUCUUAUGAGAAAGUUGCCCAUGCGAUCGAGCUUGCAAAAGAGUGCAAGUCGAUGUUCCCUGCUUUGGAGCCUGCACCACCUGUAGUGAAUAGGCAAUUGUCUAUUUUCGUUAAUCCUGCUGUUUCUGGUGGUGGCCCUCCACUAGCCAAGGUUCCUAUGCGAGUUUCUAGUGAGCGAAAUAUCUCAGGCAACAAUUCUAUUAAUCAUUUGCUCCCACGUGUAACGUCCGAGGGUUCCUUGAGCAGCCAACAUCUCCAUCGAGUGAAUCCAUUUGAUGUGUUCGAUGACGUGGCCUAUUCAUACCCACCAAUGGCGUCUCCAAAGGAUAAUUUGUUUUCCUUGGGUCGUGAAUUAAAACCAGCAACUGACUAUUUGAGCCAUAGUGUGGCAGAAACUGAAGAAGAAAACUCUACAAAAAAGAAGUGGAGUAUACUUCGCCCUCAUGGACUGAAGAAAUACUUCAGUAGUAACAAUAUGCGAGUAUCUUCAGCCCCUACUCUUCCAACUGAAACAAAAAAAUCUAUGACUUCUUCGUCUUUUGUUGAACUAAAAUCUGUGAGAUCGAGAACUCCGUCUAUUAAAUCGAGUCCAAAGUCGGUUCCUAAAGUCAGUCCCACUUCUUCUCUUACGAUGUCUCUGAUACCACCGCCUCCCCAACUGUUAAGAGAGCGUCCUGAGAUCAAUCGCCCUCCUUUCAAGUUUUGUAUUGAGUAUUGCGAGAAAACUGCUAGAAAGCAGUUUGAUCUUAUUUUCAGAAAAAAUCAAGGUAUAGAGCUUGAGACGAGUCAAUUGAGACAUCCGGUUAAACCUAGAUUACCGUUCGACUUCGACAAUAAAGUCGAUUCAACCUUUUUUUACAGUACUGCUGGUACUGACGUGAAUGAUGAGGAGGAUGACGCUUACAAAACGUGUGCUUCUGAUGAAUCUGACUCUGAUGAUGAAUUUUCUACGCCGGCAAUGGGCAUUAACGAUGAGUCAGCUUUUGAUGAUAUCACUAAAGCUUAUGAUAGCAAUAACGAAGAUUCUUAUGAGACCUCUAGUAAUCCUGGAGCAGAUAUUGUUAAUUCAUUACUAGACGAAGAAAAAUCACAGCGUAUUCAGUUUGCCAAUGGUAUCUUAGGCUCGCCUGACCAAAACACCAAAGCUGAUGAUUCGAAGUAUUGGAGAUAUGCUGGCAGGUCUUUGAGCGAGUGGGCACUGGCAGUAGCUCAAUUUGAAGAGUUCGUCCGUAAUAGAAGGACGAUGGCUGGUGUUUCUCGUUUAGAAGAUCUCGGUGUUCCCUUUCUUGUAGCUGAAAUUCCCGCCAAGGUCUUAGUGGGUUAG